AUGAAAGACACUCAGGUGCGUUCAGUGGAAGUGGAGCGAUGGCUGGAGGCGGUGCAGGAGCUGCUGUCCCGGGACGCUUCAGGGCUCGGGGAGAAUCUUCAAGAAGAACUCAAUCAGUGCAAAGAGCAUGUGAAUGAGAUGGAGUCUGUGGAAAGUUCGCUAAAGCAGAUGACCGAGAACGUGAAGGCCGUAAACGCGACCGCUAUAGAAGGUUUGUCGCAGUGGGGACAAGACAAACUGAACGAAAGCCAAAGCAGGUGGGACCAGCUCAGCAAACAGUUGCUGAGACACAGAGAUGGUGUGUGCGAGAGCCAAGAGAGGCAGGUGAAUUUGAGGAAGGAUUUGGCGGAGAUGCAGGAGUGGAUGGCACAGACGGACGAGGAGUUUCUCAUGAGGGACUUUGAAUACAAGAGCUCAGAGGAGCUGGAGGCUGCACUGGACGAGAUGAAGAAAGCUAAAGAGGAUGUGCUGCAGAAAGAAGUGAAAGUGAAAAUCCUGAAAGACAACAUCAACGCGCUGGUGUCGCAAGCAUCGCUCCCUGGUGGAGGUCAUGGGUCAGGGCUGACCGCGGAGCUCGAGGGAGUCCUGGGCAACUACCAAAAGCUCUGUGAGCGCUUCAAGAGCAAGUGUCACACGCUGGAGGAGGUCUGGUCUUGUUGGAUGGAGCUGCUUCAGUAUUUGGAUCUGGAGCAAAGCUGGUUGAACACCCUCCAGGAGAAAGUUCAGGCCACGGAAAACCUCCCAGAGAGCACUGAAGCUGUAAACGAAGCUUUGGAGUCCUUAGAGAGCGUCCUACGACAUCCAUCAGAUAACCGGACACAGAUCAGAGAGCUCAGCCAGACGCUGAUCGACGGCGGAAUCCUGGAUGAAAUCAUCAGUGAAAAACUAGAAAACUUCAACUCAAGCUAUGAGCAACUCAACCAUCAGGCGGUGAGCCGCCAGAUGAGCCUGGAGCAGCAGCUGCAGUCUCUGAAGGAGAAUGAGCAGGCUCUGCUCAGUCUGCAGGAGGCUCUGAGUGUCCUGGACCACACUCUCACCUCCUAUCUGACCGACCGCAUCGACGCCUUCCAGCUGCCCCAAGAGGCACAGACCAUUGGUGCUGAGAUCACUGCCCACGAGGCCACAGUAGAAGACAUGAGGAGGAGAAACGUUGCCAACUUGCCUCCUCCCUCCAUAGACGGGAAGGCGACCCGCGGUGGAACUCUGCUGGACCAGUUACAGAGGAAAUUGAGGGAGAUUUCUACCAAGUACCAGCUCUUCCAGAAACCGGCCAACUUUGAGCAGAGGAUGGUGGACUGCAAACGGGUCUUAGAAGGGGCCAAGGCUGAGCUCCACAUCCUCGACGUGAGAGAUUUAACCCCAGAGAAGAUUCAGCCCCAUCUCGCAGGCUGUAUGAAACUAUAUAAGCUGUUGAGUGAGGUAAAGCUUGAGGUGGAGACUGUUAUUAAGACCGGUCGACAGAUUGUUCAAAAACAGCAAACGGAAAAUCCAAAAGCCAUGGACGAGCAACUCACUGCCCUGAAACUGCUCUACAAUGACUUGGGUGCACAGGUCACAGAGGGGAAACAGGACUUGGAAAAAGCCUUGUCUCUGUCCCAGAAGUUUCACAAGGAGAGCACUGGGCUUCAGGAGUGGCUGAGCAGCAGCGAGGCCGAGCUGCAGGAGAAGACCUCGAUCGGAGACAUGCCUGCGGAUGUCGACGCUGAAGUCGUCUGGGCCAAUGGUCUGUUGAAGGAGACAGAGCGCCGCAAGUUGGAGCUGUCUAGUUUGGUGGAGACCAGCGCUGGUCUGCAGACGCUGGUGGAGGGCAGUGAAGCUCUGCUCGAGGAGCGGCUCUUCCACCUCAACGAGUCCUGGGGCCGAGUGCACACCCUGACCGAGGACUGGCUCAGUGCCGUGCUGAGUCACCAAAAUGAGGUCGAGAUUUUGGACGAGAACUUGGCCCACAUCAGCACCUGGAUGUACCAGACGCAGAUCCACCUGGACGAGGCCGAGAGACUGGAGCCUGCAGAGAGGGAAAAGGUUGUCAAGCGCAUCCUGAACGAGCUGGAGGGAAUGAGUCUGCGAGUGGACAAUGUCAGGGACCAAGCACUGCUCCUGUUGACCAGCAGGGGGCCGGCCUGUCGGGACGUCAUUGAGCCAAAGUUGUCUGAGCUCAACUGCAAUUUUAACAAAGUUUCACAGCACAUUAAAACUUCCAAGAUGAUGACCAGUUUGGACUCUGAUGUGGUUGAAAUGCUCCAGCACACUCCCCAACAGGUCAUGGUCAGUGAUCGAGAAGUCAUUCGCAACCAGGAAAUCCAGACUGAGGACCAGAACGAGGCUGUUUCCUGUGAGGUGCAGGCCGACGUGGAGCUGCAGGAGCUUCAGAUGCAGCUGCAGGAGACACUCAGUUCUCUGCAGCAGCGAGACGACCAAGACAUUAUGGACGACGACAAGAUGGAUGAGGAAAAAGCCAACGUGGAGGAACUGCUGCGACAAGGAGAGGUACUUCUGCAACAAACUUCCAACAAAACUCAACAGGAACGGUUGAGGUUCCUACUGAUUCAGCUGCAGAGCCAAUACUCUUCACACAGGGAACUGAGGUCCCUACGAGUCAGACAGAUUGAGGUGCAUUCAACGACGUCGCACACGUUUAUUGAAAAGACAAGAGGAAUUUCAGACGAGGAAAUGGCUUCUUUAGAUUGUAGCAGAGGUCCUUCACGCGGGCUGUCUGACUACUUACUAUCUAUUAACAAAGUGCGGCUGGCGAUUGCCGACAAUGAGCUGCUCUUGAACUCGUCUGAACUCAGCGGAGGCUUGUACGAGGAUUUCUCCAGCCAAGAAGACACGCUAAAAAACAUCAAAGAGAGCCUGGAAAUUCUGGAAGACCAGGUGACCACGGUUCACGAGCGACAGCCGGACCUCAUCCAGGACGCUUCACCUGCAGAAGUGGCUCAGAUCGAAGACUCACUCACUCAACUCAACGCGGACUGGGACCGGAUCAAUCGCAUGUACAACCAUCGCAAAGGGACUUUUGACCGUGCCAUGGAGGACUGGCGGCGCUUUCACUGUGACAUGAAUGACUUGAGUCAGUGGCUCGGUGACACAGAGAGACUUCUGUCUGACAGUGUGGGUCUUGAUGGACAGAUCAACCUUGAUAUGGCCCAGCACCACCAGCAGGCGCUGGAGGAUGAUGUUGCCAGUCACCAAGCAGACCUGGCUGCGCUCAAUCGCACAGGGGAGAAAAUAAUUGAACAGCUGUCUUCACCUGAUGGUUUCCUGCUCGAGGACAAACUCCAGACUCUGGGUCAGAGGUGGAGAGGCGUGAACCGGCAAAUCCUGGAGCGACAGAGAAGACUCGCUGGGGGAGAGUCUGCUCUCUCAGAUCUGAUGAGGCAGAGUACUGCGCUGGCGUCUUGGCUGGAACAGGCUGAACACGCCGUCAGCCUCCCGCUCACGGCAACCGACAACAACCUCAAAGAACUGAAGGCCAUAGCGGAUCAAAUGGAUGCACAAAACGAGAGACUUGGUUGGUUGAACAAGCACGCUCCCCACAUCCUCUCCAAUCCCAGCGUCAGUCCACAGAGCAGGGACCAUCACGUCUCCAAACUGCGCUCCAUUAACCUCAACUGGAGCAAGGCGACUCAUGAGCUACUGGACAAGGUGCGUGAGGUGGAGUCCAACCUGCACAGCCACGCCCAGUUCCAGGACCGCAUGAACCGGCUGACGGACUGGGUGGUUAUCACUCACCAAACUAUAGCGACAAGAGGCCUCAAUCACACACAAGCACAGGCCUUGGAGACCUCCAUGAAAGACCGAAAGAGGGACUUGGAGGAACUGCUGGCGCUGUCAAUCGAGCUGCAAAGACGACAGCAGCUUUUGCCUCAGGAAAAGAGUAAAGUUGAGCAGCUUGCAUCUGACUGGAAAGCACUGGAUUGUCGUCUGAGAGAGUCUUUGCAAACGCCAGUAUCUCCUUGGACCAUGCACCACGUUGUCCAGCAUCAGCAACUAGUGUCUGCAUUGCCUCCCGCAGUGCCAAUGGCCAGUUUAGUGAGUGAAGAGCCCUACUACCAAACCCCUCACUCCCCGGACACGGUGGCGCCCACAGACCUGAACAAGACGGCGACGGAGCUGGCAGACUGGCUGGUGCUCAUCACUCAGAUGCUCAAGUCCAACAUUGUGACUGUAGGCGACAUCGAUGAGAUCAGGACCACCAUAGGGCGACUGCAGGUGACAAAGGGCGAUCUGGAGCAACGACACCCGCAGCUCGAGGACAUUUUUACUCUGGCUCAAAACAUCAAAAACAAGACCUCCAAUUUAGACGUUCGCACUUCCAUUACUGAAAAAUUGGAGAUGGUACACAACCAAUGGGACACCACUCAGCACGGUGUCGAAGCUCGGCUACAGCAGUUGGACAAUAUGAUUGGUCACAGUAACCAGUGGGAGGAGCAAAGACAGGAGGUCACGGCCUUAAUUGGGCACAACGAAGGACGCUUCCUUCACCUUCUGCAGCAGUCUAGAGACCCUUUGACCAAGCAGAUCUCCGAAAACAAGGCUUUCCUCCAGGAUUUGGGGCGAGGCCAGCCGAUUGUGGCAGCCUUCAAUGAGCUGUCAAACCGCCUUCUCCAGGAGUAUUCUCUGGAUGACACCCGGAGGAUUAAGGAGGUCACAGACAAGCACAAUGCCGUGUGGAACAGCAUCAACAACAGGGCGAACGAUCGUCAGACGCAGAUGGACAGUGACCUCAAAGGCCUUCAGACUUCCCUUCGAGAGCUGGAGUCGUUUCUGAAGUGGCUCCACGAGGCCGAGACCACCGUGAACGUGUUAGCAGACGCCUCGCAGAGAGAGGACGUGUCCCAGGACUCUGCACAUGUGAAGGAGCUCCGCAGACAGAUGGAGGACAUCCAGGCAGAGAUCGAUGCCCACAAUGACAUCUAUAAGAACGUGGAGGGGAACAAGGCCAAGAUGGUCAAAGCUCUUGGCAGCUCUGAGGAGGCUGUGUUCCUGCAGCAGAGACUGGACGACAUGAACCAGCGCUGGACGGAUCUCAAGACCAAGUCUGCCAAUAUACGAGCUCACCUGGAGGCCAGUGCCGAGCGCUGGUCCCGGCUGCUGGGGAUCCUGGAGGAACUCUGGAGGUGGAUCUGCUCCAAGGACGAGGACCUCGCCAAACAGAUGCCCAUCGGAGGAGACGUGCCCACUCUUCUUCAGCAGCACAAUCACUGCACGGCGCUCCAGACGGAACUGAAAGAGCGAGAGCCUCUGGUGAUCAGCACUUUGGACCAGGCCAGGACUUUUCUCGCCGACCAGCCGAUCGAGGGACCAGGGGAGCCACGCAAGACCUCCCAGCAAAAGAAUGACCUGACGCCGGAGGAAAAGGCCAGGGGACUCGCCCGAGCCAUUCGUAAGCAGACGGGUGAUGUGAGGGAGCGCUGGGAAAGGCUCAAAGGACACGUGGGGGGAUGGCACACCCAGGUGGAGAGAGCAUUAGAGCGGCUACAGGAGCUCCAGAGCUCCAUGGACCAGCUGGACCUGCGAAUCACCCAGGCCGAGGAGGCCAAGGCCGGGUGGCAACCGGUGGGAGACCUGCUCAUAGACUCACUGCAGGACCACAUUGAGAAGACGACGGCCUUCAAUAAAGAGAUCGCACCGCUGCGUCAGGAAGUGAAAGUGGUGAAUGAGUUGUCCGCAGAGCUGACCCCUCUGGACAUCCAGCUGUCCUCUACAGCCUCCAGACAACUGGACCAGCUCAACAUGAGGUGGAAACUGCUGCAGGUUGCCAUGGAGGAGCGGUUAAAGUUACUUCAUGAAGCCCACCGAGACUUUGGACCCUCAUCUCAGCAUUUCCUCUCCACGUCGGUGCAGCUCCCCUGGCAACGCGCCGUUUCUCAGAAUAAGGUUCCAUAUUACAUCAACCACCAGGCACAGACCACAUGCUGGGACCAUCCAAAGAUGACAGAGCUGUACCAGUCUCUAGCCGACCUGAACAAUGUGAGAUUUUCGGCGUACCGCACGGCCAUGAAGAUCCGGAGGCUGCAGAAAGCCCUGUGCUUGGACCUGCUGGACUUGAACGUGGCUCAGAACACUUUCGCGCAGCACAAACUGGGGAACAAUAAUCAGCUGAUGACGGUGCCAGAGGUCAUCAACUGCCUGACGUCCAUCUACGACGGUCUGGAGCAGGAGCACAAAGACCUGGUCAACGUGCCGCUGUGUGUGGACAUGUGCCUCAACUGGCUCCUCAACGUCUACGAUACGGGACGGAGUGGGAAGAUCCGCGUCCUCUCCAUGAAGAUCGGCCUGCUGUCACUCUCGAAGGGACACCUUGAAGAGAAAUACAAAUACCUCUUCAGUCAGGUGGCGUCUCCUGGUGACACGUGUGACCAGAGGCAGCUGGGUCUGCUGCUGCACGAGGCCAUCCAGAUCCCCCGCCAGCUGGGAGAGGUGGCCGCCUUCGGAGGCUCCAACAUUGAGCCCAGUGUGCGCAGCUGUUUCCAACACGUGACGUAUAAAGUGGAGCUGGAGCCUCGGCAGUUCGUGGACUGGAUGCGCCUGGAGCCUCAGUCCAUGGUGUGGCUGCCCGUCCUGCACCGAGUGGCUGCGGCGGAGACGGCUAAGCACCAGGCCAAGUGUAACAUCUGCAAGGAGUGCCCCAUCGUGGGCUUCAGGUAUCGCAGCUUGAAGCACUUUAACUACGAUGUCUGUCAGAGUUGCUUCUUCUCUGGACGAACAGCCAAGGGACAUAAGCUCAACUAUCCCAUGGUCGAGUACUGCACCCCGACAACAUCGGGCGAGGACAUGCGAGAUUUCACCAAAGUGCUCAAAAACAAGUUCAGAUCCAAGAAGUACUUUGCCAAACACCCGCGACUGGGAUACCUGCCAGUGCAGACUGUGCUGGAGGGCGACAACCUGGAAACUCCCGUUACCCUGAUCAGCAUGUGUCCGGAGCAGUACGAGCUGUCCCAGUCACCUCAGCUCUCCCAUGAUGACACCCAUUCCAGGAUAGAGCAGUUUGCCAGCAGGUUAGCCCAGAUGGAGCGCUCCAAUGGAUCAUUGCCUACUGAUAGUAGCUCUGCCACAGGAAGCAUGGACGACGAGCACGCUCUUAUUCUUCAGUACUGCCAGACGCUGGGAGGAGGAGAAGGCUCCCCCUACAGUCAGCCCCAGAGUCCUGCACAGAUUCUACUGGCUGUGGAGAGGGAGGAGCGAGGAGACCUGGAGCGCAUCAUCGCACGACUGGAGGAAGAACAGAGGAGUCUUCAGAGGGAGUAUGAGCAGUUGAAAGAGCAGCACAGUCAGAGGGGGGCUCCUGAGGGACCGUCCCCUCCCCCAGAGGAGGUCGACCUGCUGGCCGAGGCCAAGCUGCUGCGGCAGCACAAGAGCCGGUUGGAGGCGCGUAUGCACAUCCUGGAGGAGCACAACAAACAGCUGGAGUCCCAGCUGCAGCGGCUGCGACAGCUCCUGCACCAGCCGGAUGCAGACUUGAGGGUAAAUGGAGUGUCAUCGCCCGCACUGCAAGGACCACUUAACGACAACUCAGAUGAGCUGCUGGACUCUCCCAACAGCAGCUCUGACCUGGCAGAUGUAAUGGAGCAGAUUAACAACUCCUUUCCUGCAUGCUCUCCCUCCAGUCUCUCUCCCAGACCACAGGUGAUGUGA